AUGAAGCUUCCAAGCCUCUUUUCCUUCGUCGUAUGUUCCGCCGUUGCCCACGUGUCAUGGUGUUCGGACCAAAGCACGUACUCCUUCGACAUUGUCAACAGCAACACCUGGUACAGUAUCGCCAAGAAAAUAUUCCAAGGCACGACGCCGUGCAACUUUACCGUUAUCCCUUCGAGUUAUGUGAAUAACUCAGAUGCGGUGAGCAACACAGAAGGUUCCGUCUUGUUGAUAAGAAAAAAGUUAAACAAUCCUAACGAGGAAGGUGUGGAGACCCCCAGUGAAGGAAGCAUCACGGGUAGUAGUGACAACACCGCUAGUGGUAACGAACCCACCGCUCACGAAGCAGAAAUCAAUUUGAAUACCAAUUUUGAAGGAGACGAUUACGCCAAAUUAAACGACAGUCUAUCCCUUAUUGACCAGUCCUUACGUGAGGAAUCUGCAUCUGAAGAGAAUACAAAAAUGGAAGACAGUAAAGUAGGAUCAGUAAAUCUUGAAGAGAAAAUUACUUUAAACAUGCCAGAAGAAUAUAUGCCUCAGAACAUUUCCGAAGUUCUAAUCGGAGCAGCCGAAGAGGAUCGCGCGUACGCCUUAAAGGGUGAUGAGCCAUGUGAUGCUUACCUCAAAGUAGGAGAAAUAAUAAACGGCACGAAUGAAAAAACAGUGCAAUUUAAUUUGCAGAAGAAUAAAGUACUCUGUGUGCAAUUUGAAGCUAUCGGUGGAAAUGGCUACGUGUGGGUCUUCUUAGGAGUUCAUAAAGAAAAGCCCCAAAUAAACCCAGAGCAAUUUCCAAAAAAGAAAAUGACCAAGUCGUUUUUCACAAACGAAAUUUCUGUCACCCAGCCGAAAGCAAUACAGAACAAUUCGAACAACGCAGGUGACAAUUCUGCCAAUUCAGCAGGAAAUGGAAAACCUCAAGCGAACGCACAUUUGGGGGGAUUCGUUGGAGGCACAUCCACGUUGCAAAGUUUGGUGAGGGCACAAAAGCCUGGAACCUUUUACGUCGUCUAUUCGUAUUAUAGACCCUUCGACCCCACUGCCAAUUCAAACACAAAAAUUUUGAAGUUGACCGUGUCGUAA